AGGAAGAUCGUUUUGGUGGUUUACCCUUACAGAACGGCGAUUGUUUCCGCUUGUGAGAAACCACCGUAUUAUUUUCUUAAUCUGACUCUCCCUUCCUUCCCUUCUUCUUCUUCUCCUCCUCCCACUUUCGAUUUCCUUCUUCACUCACAACUUACAAACCACGCCCCCCUCCUUCUCUCUCUCUACUCUCUCUUUACGAUCAAAAAGUUUUAUUAGGUUUCAAAAAUUCCUCAACAACAAGAAUCGUAAGUAUAUACACACUAAAACCCUAGUGGCUUGUUCUCUCUUGAGUCACUCCCUGGCGGAACACUUAUUCCUUUGGAACGCGUCCCUAUAAUACACAUAUAUUUCUAGGGUUUCAUGUCUGCGACGAUUUCAUGUCUUAUGAAUGGAGAUCCCCUCUAGUUUCUCCGGCGAUUUCUCACCUUUCUUGCUCGUCGUAGCCCUAAUAGUAACCGCACUUUGUUGCUUGUUCGCUUUCUUCGCAGUCCAAUCAAAACCACUCCGGAAAUCUAAGUCGGUCGAAUCAGGCGGCGAUAUUAGCACAUUGUUGACGAAUACAUGUAAAUGCACUUGUUCCUGUAGGGUUGGUGGUGAAAAUUCUGAUCUGGGAACGAUGACUGCGACGGCUUAUUUGAACGGAGGUAGUGGGGCCGGUGGCGUAGAGAUGUUGGAUAGGACGCCGGUGGUGGCGGUGGAGCGGCAGACGGGUGCUUCUAUGAUGGAACAAUUAGUUCCGGAAAUCACGACUCACGCUCUGAGUUACUUGGAUUAUCCGAGUCUUUGCAGGCUUUCGAUGACAAAUUCUCUAAUGAGGAAAGCUGCGAACGAUGAUAAUGCAUGGAAAGCACUUUACCACAAGGAUUUCACGUUGGAACAGGAUAGCGUUACGCCAGUUAAUGGAUGGAAGGCUUAUUAUGCAGCCACAAGAGCCAUUGUAAAUAUUAAUGCGGAUUUUUUUAACAUCAUUAGAGAAAGAUCACUACCAGCAAUGGGUCGUCUUUGGCUUAAUGCAGAUUAUGUGAAGUGUGUUCACACAUCAGGGGAGCUGUUUACAGGGUACAAUGCAGUUAUGGAGAGCUGGCAGAUGGCAUUUAACUGGGACCAAGCUGUAGACUUUCAGAUUAGGGAUGUCCGGGCACGGGUACUGACAGACGUUGCAUGGGUUACCAUGAAAACCUAUAUUGAUAUGGACGCUGGGCCUUUUAAUAUGACUAAUGUUUAUGAGUUCCAUAAUGGGCGCUGGUACAUGGUGCAUCAUCACAGCUCUUUGAUGCUCAUUGACGGAGAUGGAGAGCAACAAGUUGUGCAGGGGUGAGAAACACAAAAGUGAUAGUGACAAUGAUUAUAAUAUUCAUAAUACCUACAAAAUGAUACGGUCUUAUCUUUUACAAGGAUUGGGUCAUUUAGAAAUUUCUGAGUUCUUUGAAUCAUCUUAAAUUUUUUUUUUUUUUUCAAC